GCGGGCGGACGGACGGACGGACGGAGGGGCGGGCGGCCUCUCCGCAUUGUGCGGCCGCGCCGCUGCCACCGGCGGGAGCGCGGGCGCGCCCGGGGCCGGGCCGCUCCUCCCUCGCUGAGCGCCGCAAGGCCGGGCACCGCCGUGCGCGGCCCCUCCGCGCUGCUCGCAAAGAGGCUCUGCAUUGACGUCACAAUGACACGGUGAAGCCGAAGACAGGAGCUGGGAAAGGUUCUUCUGCUUCACUUUUGAUAAUCGAGUGAAUUUGUAGCCACUCUGUUCCUUCCAGCAUGGCGAAGAGCGCAGAAGUGAAGCUGGCGAUCUUUGGUCGAGCUGGCGUGGGCAAGUCAGCUCUCGUUGUACGUUUCCUGACCAAACGGUUCAUCUGGGAAUAUGACCCGACGCUAGAGUCUACAUAUCGUCACCAAGCUACCAUUGAUGAUGAAGUGGUUUCCAUGGAGAUACUAGAUACAGCUGGUCAGGAGGACGCUAUUCAGAAAGAAGGACAUGUGCGAUGGGGUGAAGGCUUCGUGCUUGUUUACGACAUCACGGACAGAGGCAGCUUCGAGGAAGUGCUGCCACUUAAGAACUUGUUGGAUGAAGUUAAAAAACCAAAAAAUGUCACCCUGAUCCUGGUGGGGAACAAAGCAGACUUGGAUCACUCCAGGCAGGUCAGCACAGAGGAAGGUGAAAAGCUGGCCACAGAACUAGCAUGUGCUUUUUAUGAGUGCUCUGCUUGCACAGGAGAGGGCAACAUUAUGGAGGCCUUCUAUGAGCUCUGUCGUGAGGUACGGCGUCGAAAGAUGGUCCAGGGCAAGACUCGGAGACGAAGCUCCACCACCCAUGUCAAGCAGGCAAUUAAUAAGAUGCUUACCAAAAUCAGCAGCUAAAAAGAGCUGUGCUAAGCCAGAGAAGCAUUUUAGAGCAUAUUAGCUUGGAGUAGGGAUGAGGCAGGCAGAGCACAUUUAAUUAAAAAUGGUCAAAGCUUUGCAAUUAAAAAAAUAGAAAAGACAAACCACACCACUUUUUUGAGUAACACAGGGUCAGACUUUUUUCCUGUUUCGAGAUGUAUUUAGCCACACUGCUUCUGGCUAAUGUGGGGAAAAAAAAAAAGAAAGGAAAUAAAAAAAGUAAACUCCAAAGGACUAGAUGAUUGUGGGGAUUGGCACUGACAGAGCAUCUUCUGCUUCUACAAGGCUGGCUCCAAUCCCUUGCAAGUCAGUAGUGCCUAAACACAAUUUCCAGCCAGCCAGCUGCUCGGUAGCCAUUGGAGAGUAAGAUUCAGUCCUCGGUCCAUCAACAGCCAUCACAACCGGUGUUCUCAAGGACUGAAUACACAUAGAGGCUGCUGUGUUUUACCAGAAAGUUCAUCUGACACUUUUCACCAGCUCUAAAUUGGUGCAUUGUGUGCUUUUCCUUCAAACUGUCCUUCCUUGUUAUUUUUGUCAAAUCUAUGAGUGCUAAUGUUCUUAGCAAGGUAUGCAAAAAAUAUAGGAAAGGUCUUUUUCAUGAAGCGUUUAGCCAGCAAGACACACAUUUCAACAGAGCUGAAGUUCCGCUACUUUUCCAGAUCCUCUGAAACUGCAGAAUUCAUCAAGAAAUAAUCAGCUAGUCCAGUGGCAUUUCAGCAUUUCCCUCUCGAAGUGCAGUACUGUACUUGUGGAAAUGGGAGUGUGUGUGUUGGGAAAGCAAACUGAAAAAAAAUAACCAUAUUACUAUUGAUUUAGUUAUGGGUAGUUUUUAGCUUUAGUUUACAUUUUUGUUUUGGUCUUAUUUCAAUUCAAGUAGUUCCUCUUAUUCUAUUUUAUACCGAAGAAGAACUGAAUCCAUGCGAAGACAAGUAUUUAAAGUCUAAGCCCAAAUGUAAAUCAGAUGUGAAUGGCCUCUACCAUAUCAGGAGGCCAUAAUUUCCAGCUGUUUAAACUUCCAGAUGUUGCUUGAAGCACUCUGUGGUUUAAACCAGCACAGGUUUUUUGUGACUCUAUCUGGCACAUUCAAUUCAAAGUGCAUUUUAUCAGAUUUUCAUGCCUGGGAUAAAAGGUGUCCAGUUUUUUCUCCUCCCUUCUCCUCCCUCAUGCGUCUCAUUUAAGCCAGCUGUCAAGUUUUACAUUCUUAACUUUAUGCUAAGAGAUGCAAGAACGGAGACUGAAAGACUUUCAUUCAGAUUGUGCUCGUCUCCCACCAGUUGUGUUGCAUCCCUUUAGGCAGCAUGGCGUGCAGCUCAGACCGGCAUCAUGAAGAACCACAGCCAAAGGUUGGGAUGGCAAAUCAGAAUAUUAGCAGUAUUCUCCUUUGAGGAGCAGCCCUCUUGUAGCGACUACUUACAACUUUAUUCUCCACUACUCUGUAAUUCGUGUGGUUAUUUGCCUCUGUGAGGAAGUAACACCAAAAGGCUAUCAAAUGCAAAUUGCCACAGAUGUAGAAGAGUGAGGAUAUCUGGUCGGAUAGCACUUUAUAGAGUUAUAGGUAGCCAUAUAAGAGGUGGAACUGGCUGGAGAAUUAAGCCUGUAUAUCCCUGUGGACAGAGAACAGUCCCAAAUCAGGGCUAUUCAAAAGAUACUUUAAAGAUACUUUACCAAAGUAAUUUUUUUUUUAAACAUUCUCUCACCCAUCUCUUGUACCCAACCAGCAUCAAAGAACGUCACAUUCAGGUGUCUAUUUUAUUUGUAUUGUUGUUUAUUUUCUCUGUUUCCCCCAUUCUAGAUAGUGAAAACUCAUUCCACUCUUCUGGAAUAAAUAUCUGUAUUUUGGUUCUCAUAUUCAAGUAUGUUGCCAUACACACUGCAAUGGAAACUUCACCGUGUGCUUCUGGGCAGGAGGUUCUUGCAACAGGUGAUGUCACUGUCUCCAUGACACACCUGUUCCCAAACUAUUGGUCAUAUCUCGUAACUUUUGUUUCAAAAAAAAAAAAAAGAGAAGUUUUGUCAUUUUUAGUCUUAUUAGUAACGCAGAAUCAAUACAAGCGUAAAAGAAAGAGGUAGUGCCUGUUCACACACCAGUAGUCAUUAGCUGAAGGUCUGAGCUUGCAAAUGUCUGUGUUACAACGUUAGGAGCCAGAGUGAGCAUUUCACUAAGUCAUUCUGUUAUCUUCUAAAUCUGUGCUGUUGAAUGAAUCUGAAGUAAACAAAAUCCUUACCUGCAAUCCCAUGGCAACAUAGCUGAUGAGGAAAGUCAUUGUGUCAGUAUUCCAAGCAGUUGAUUUAUCCCUCUCUAAGACAACUUCAGCAGUUCUUUUCUCUGAAAACCUUUCCUGGGGUUAAAAUACAAAAAGGUAAUAUAUGAAUUAUAAGAGAAAAUAAAUUAAUAAUAUUCAUAUUGGGAGAGUUUAAAGGAAGGUGAGGCUAAGUUAUGGCCCUAAUACUUUCCAGAAGAAUCCCAGCAAAUUAUAUCUUCUUUUAUAAUGUCUGUAUGGAGAAGUUAUAAAAUCCUGGUGAAAGAAAAUUUUCCACUGUGCAAACAUGACUUGUUACAUAAACAACCUCUAAGAAAAUAGUAACAUUCCUUUGCAAAGGCUGAAUUUGGAAACUGCCAAACAUGAUAAACACUCAGUCAGAAAGGAGGCUGCUAUUUUGUGACCUUUCCUCCCACACAAACACAAAUUUCUUUACUUAAUUGCUCAUUAUGUUUUUUUCCCUCAGUGUAAUGGGCUGCCUGUCAAGCCAGUUAUAAUAUAGUAUAUUAUAAUCUGUUGAUACAUAUUACAUAGUAUUAAAUGCUAUCUGAUUUACUGUUGCUCAUAAUGUUGCAACAUAUUAUUGGCUAUGCUAUAAACGUGUCAUAUUUCUACGAUUUGCAAAUUGAGACAAAAAAAGUGCCCAAGCAUUGAAAAGGCCAAAUGCAACAUGAACCCAUAUUCAGUAGCCUUUCCGCAGCAGACAUCAACAGUUUAAAUUCUGUUUCUACUGCUGCUAUUUAAAUGUACAUAUAUGACACUAACAUUCAGUUCCUCUCCUCUGCCUGUUAUCAUUUUUUGCGGAGAGAGGAUGGGAAGGACGAUAAACAAAAAGGGGGAGGAAAGGUGAAAUGGAUACUUGUUACCUACAAGUUGAUUGUCAUUUAUGAAGUUUUUAAAUAUUUAUCUUCAAUUGAUGAAGAGUUAGUCAUGCCCAUGCUGCAAGACCUGGAUCAGGAACCAAGACUUCCCUAGAACUUUGAGAAUCUUCCUAUCUGGGGGUUCAGUGCAACCAUGGAUGGAAGUGAGGAUCAGCCACUGGGUUUGCACCUGGAUCCAGACAAGUUGUCCCCAAACUUGGGGAUAGUUGCAUCUGGCAGUUUGCUACAAGGCUAGUUGAUUUUUAUAUAUAUAAUGAUCUGUAUGCAUUUUUACAUUAAAAAUAUGAAAGCUUGUGCUUGUAGAUAAUAUAUAAGAAAAAAAAUAAAAAUAAAAAAAUAGUGCUCUCUGUACUGAACUCUUAGGCAUUGAUCUUCUGUUAGUUGUCUCCAAAGUGUUGUCUUCCAGCAUUUAAGGGGCCAGUUCCAGAAGUCCCAAUUCAGUUUUUAUUUAAUCUUUAUCUAAUGAAAACAAACAGUGAGUUUUGCCUGAAUGAGCACUUCAGCAUUUGGAUCAGUUUAUUUAAACUUGCUUGGCUGCUAGGCCUGGAAUCAAGAGGUCGGGCAGCAUCUACGGCGAAGCACAGAACCGAAUGUCCUUGCUGACUAUUUCAAGGCUGAUCAGAAAAGCUACAGUGCCAGGGUUAUUAAAUGACCUCAGUGAAACCCUCCACCCAAACUCUGUCCUGCCAACUAAAUAAGUGGGAUCUCGAUCCCAAACUUCUCAGGUAAAAUCCUGGGCUAAAAGGUCUGGGAGAUCUAUGCCAGUGACUUGGACACUGGCUUUUCACUUGCUGACAGCUAUGCCCAUUUUCCAAGAAUAAAUAAAAUGCACUGUUGUUCUGAAGAGAGAGUACAUUGUAUCGACGGCAUACAAUCACACGUAGUGUGGGUAUUAAGCUGUAACAGAGGGAAGCUUCAUCGCAGAAGAGGGAGACCAGCUGUAAUCCACUCUUUGUUCUCCUCCAAACCGGGGCCAACCAAGUAACCCAAAGCAUGAACACAAGCAGCUGAACGGCAGUGGGGAUAUAACAAUGCUACCUCUGACAGAUCAUUGCAGGAAACUUGGGUGCAAGAUCUAUGCUUUGAGGUGAAACCUCCCAAAACUAGGUAAGGCAUCUUUCCAGUCACUGUCUGCCUCUGUAACACUGCACAGCAGCCUUGAGUUACGUCAAGCUGCACUGUAAUUUGCUCCAGUCAAAACAAUGUUUCCUGCAAAAUAAGUAGCUGCAGUCAUAAAGACUAUGUAUAAACAGCGUUCGGGGUUCCUUUUACCUUUCUCUUUAAUGGCUCAAUCCAUUUGCAUAUCUUGAGAAGAAAAGGAAAAAGGUAGAGGCUUUAAUUAAAAACGGCUCCUUGGCAUUUUGAGGUAACUGCCUUUAUGUUCUUUGAAAAAUUAAACAUAUAAUGAAAACAGUGUCAUCUUAGAAAUUCUGAUGUUAUGCACUUUAUUUCCAUUACAGAUGCCAGGCACUAAUUACUGCAGGGUUAUGAAAAUACAGAGCAGCAGCUUGUUGUCCUGUGCUUUGCAAGGUUACUAGGAGGCGAUAAUGAUGGCUUGUGUGAGGCCAGUUCAGGCUGGUUUCUGUAAACACAGUUCCACAUGAGGAAAGCUAUUACUGCAGCUCACAGCAGAAAGUGACAGGCUAAGUUCCCGGGGCAGGACUCCACUGACUCCAGCGGGGUUUUGCACGGGACGGGUCAAGCCCCUGGUUCACAGCCUUGGUAGCCAACACGUGGAGAAAACACUCCAAUAGCCAACCUCUCUCAUCCAGAUGAAGAAUAUCCUCUAUUUUUUGUCUGAAGUAGACUGGUAGGAAACUGGGAGGUAAGUUUACACUACUGGCUGUCAUCUAAUAAAUCGGACAAUAUGAUGGGAGUUUGGUCAUCUGCCUUUUUGGACUGGUCUCUUCCACCUCCGCUAAAUUCCCCAAAGCAGCAUUUUUCUUUUCCCACUGCUAUUGUCUUAAAAUAAGGCAGGGGGUUUAAGUGGCAGAUGUCAAUAUACUCUGAUAUCCAGGGAUGUUGUAUGAGCAAAGAGGCUGUUUCACUUCUUGGAGGUCCCUCUCAGAGGAAUGCAGUAUUUACAAAUGCCUCUGGAUGUAAAUUCUUAAAGCUGAACACAACUGCUCUAAAGAGCUGGAAAUCAAUUUUUGUUGAUAAGGGACCAUCUAAUAAUUAAAGUGCAGACCCCUUUGUCAAGUACCAUGGUCCAAAGCCGGACUGAAACAUUCUGUAUCACUAGAAGCAUCUACAUCCCACCAUGAAAUAUUAACAUGCAGAAUAAUAAUAAAAAAAUGAAAACAAUUUGUAGACAAACCUCAAAUUAUACCUCACAGACUAAACCUACACAUUUUUUUCAUUUUUCAUUUUAUUUAUGUAGUAUCAGGAAUUUACAGAACCUCAUUUCAAAAUCCAGUAAGUUCUAGUUACUAAGAAUACAUCAGUAAAGUAAAAAUUAACCGUUUAUUAUCAAACUGCUUUCUCAGUGUUCAUUCUUUAACUGCAUCCUGCUUCCUCUAGCCUAGCCUAAUCAAAGUUUUCAUUGCUACAAGGAACACCAAGAGACAAAGAAGGAACUUCUGACAGGAUAAAACUCAAAUAAAAGAAACAAUAAAUAACCUCAAAGGAACAUAACCAAAAUUAAAGGUGAAAAUCCCAUUUUCCUGAAAAAUAAUUGCAAGAUCUAAUAUAUUAACACUGGUACACAUGUGAUCUGACCAAAAUAAGUAAUCUGAGAUGGUUGAAUAUUUUGAAGUUUAGACUUGGAUUUGUUUCUUUUUGCAAAUUCUAACUGAAAAGAAAUAAAAAUAUUUUUAUGCAGCAGACAUUAGGGCUAGAAUUUGUAAUGAAUGCUAGGUUUCUGAUAGCCAGUUUUAAUAAAGUUUCAGGAUUAUUCAGUAUUUCACGGUUAGUUUUUAAGUUAUGGUAAACAAAUAUCUCUAAAUAACUUUAUUCAGUGUUAUCCCAGCUAUACUACUCAUGAUUAAUUUCAGCAGAAUUAGCUGUAAAUAGAGGAAUGUGUUUUUCUCAGGAAUUCAAAAGCAUCAUUUUCCCUGAAAUCUUAACAACUGAAACAUGACAAAAGAGUAUAUCAAGUAAUGCCAGUGACAUAUUGGAGCAGACAGCUCCCAGGUUCUGUGCAAGCCUUCACAGAUUAGUGCCGCUAAAAUAUUUCCCUCAAAACUUCCAAAUGAAUAGGAGAUCUCAGAAUUUUCACGUCCAAAACAUGUGCCUUUAAAACCUGAACUAAACAAGUAAUGUUUUCUGAUGGCAGUAAGAAGCUCAUGUUGUGGAGAGAGUUCAUUGCUGUAGGGAGACAUGAUCUUUCCUACGCACAGAUCUGGCAUGCUAUAUUAACAUCUGCAGGCAGAUUUCAUUUUCAUUGUCUUGGGUUUGAGCUGUUCAUCACUGCAUAAUUUUGAACCAAAUCUGAAGUCCAAGAAAAUCAGUAAUCUACCUAAAAAUCUCUCACAGUAGACAUUCCUCAACUCCAAAGAGCAGCAGUAGAGCAAUGAGCAAGGUCUUGUAAGAACCAGAGAAAACAUCAAAAUCAUCUCCCCUAGUCUCUCUUUUCUUUUCAAUAAAUGAGAACAUUGGACAUAGAAAAGGUAAAUCAGUUGUCUAAAGUCAUCACAGUGGCUUGUGAAAUGCCAUUAAUAGAGCACAUCCUCUGAGACACUGAUUUUUACUUUCAAAAAUCCAGAAAAUUCAUUUGAAGCUUUCAGUUCUAUUCAGCUUCUGCUUAAAAAAAGAGAGAGAGGGAGAGAAGAAAAGAAAACAAAACAAAAAUAUCCGAACAAGUUACUUUUUGUUCUUAGGGUUUCUCUGGGCUGAGCUUUCAGUAGUUCCACACAAAACCUUUUGCUAGAACACUGAACAUUGACACUUGGUAUCCAAAACUCGUGUACGUCCUAAGAACAGAUACAAUCUCAACCACAUUUAUGUAAAUGUUCAACUAAAUUCAGUACAAAUCUGGGAUAGAAGUUUAUAUCUACUCCAAAUUAUUUCUUUUUGCACUCUGAAAGUAGGUCAUAUUCCCCUCUUUAGAACAGAAUUCAAUGCCAAAGCACUGAGUGUUAUCAACAAUAUUAAAUACAUGUAGUUUUAUUAUGCCAAAAUGUAUUUAAUAAAAAUCCAUAAACAAAAGAAUGAUAUGUCUGCGUGAACUGGAAAGAACAAAGAAUGUUGGAUAAG